UGAACUGUAAUAAAUAAGUUUGUAAUAACUGUAAUAAAUAAGUAAUAAAUAAAUAAGUUUGAGCUUUGCUGUAUCAAAAAGAUUUCAACAUUACAGCAACAUGGUAUCAGUUCCAAGACUAACAAAUUCUACAGCUAAACUUAGCCAGUAAUUUGGCUCGGGACCUGAAAUAGCAAAAUGAGGUUUGUGGGUUAUUUCAAAAUUAGUAAUUUCAUAGCUUUGCCACUUCCUGUAUGCCCCUUUAAUUAUUUAUAUUUCUGUAUUUUUCCCCUCCAAAAUAUCCUGUAAUGUGUGGUUUUUUUAAAAAAAAUGUAGUUAUGAAGAACGCAAGAACUUCAAGAAUGCAAGAAUUUGUGCUGUACAGAAUUUGAAACUACAAAGAAACCUCCCAAAUACCCAAGAAAAAGUGCAUUUCCUUUUUGAACAAAUAAUUGAAUUACAUUUGUAAUAUGCACUACCAUUUAGGGCCAAACUAUACAUUCAAGUUUUUUAAAAGUCCAAGUUUAAGUAAUUUUCCCCAUGAUGAAAUAUAGUGUGUGUGUGCGGGAUGUAUUUCCCCAUUUUUGCCAUUGUGGUGUAUAUUUACAUGCUGUGUGAUUGCAGAGGAACCCGAGUUGGGUCUGGGAUCCUGGUGGACUCAACUGUUAAAAAAUAUAUAGUAACUGAUAUUCUUAGGGCACUGAAAGCAAUGUGAUUAAUUUGGAAAUAUUCUACAGUACAUGAUUUUAAAUUAUUUAAUUGUAGCUAUACAAUUUGUAUGAGAAAAUGCCCGUUCAGGCUGAUGUGCUGAUUUCUACCAAUUCAUAGAUGGUGUAUUUCAGAUAAUGUUGGUUGGCUGCCUGUGUUUACAUUAAUCUUUUCCAGUUCCAUCAAUUUGCAUGCUCAUUCAAGUGUAGCUCCAUAAAUAGUUUCCAUUUUCAGGCAUGGGAAUAAUACUGACAGUCAUUGUUAUCAAGCUAUUGUGUACAACCAGGAUGUCCUGGGGAAAGACUGUAUUCAAAGCUGAUGUUAAGUAAUAUCAGUUGUUUCAGUGAUUGUUUAACGGAAAACAUUAGGAAUCUUUGGAUGGAAGUGUUAUGGAAAGAAGCUGUGAACUUCAAGGAGGUUAAUGAAGAAAACAAGAGAGAAGUCUUAAGUGAAAUAUUCUCUUCUAUCGAUACACUAGCAUUUACCUUUGGAAACAUAGUUUCAGACUUCCUUAUGGGAGAUGUAGACAAUGGGUCAGCAUUGGGUCUUCCUGUAUCUCGACAGAGUCAGUCUUUUGAAAAUCUUUCUGCGGAUUCCGGGGGAUCACUGCAUGAAAGAGAUGACAUCCAAGGGACAGGGCAUUUUAGAGGUGAAGAAGUUGAUAGCAUCCUCUUAAGAAAUGAUAGUGGAAUUGAAUCGGCUCUGUCCUAUGCUAAAGCAUGGUCCAAAUAUACAAAGGACAUAGUUACAUGGGUAGAAAAAAAGCUUAACUUGGAAAUGGAGUGUACUAAAGGCUUGGCAAAAAUGGCUGAAGCAACUAAGGCUAUUAUUGGACCCCAGGAUUACAUGCCAUUCCAAACAAUAUUCAUAAAUGCAUUUCAAAAUGAUAUAGAGAACAGUCAGCUUUGGCAACAGACAGCAGCAGCUCUCCAAGCUAACAAAUUUGUUCAGCCACUCCUUAACAGAAAAAAUGAGUUGGAUAAACAAAGGAAGGAGAUCAAGGAGCUUUGGCAACGAGAACAAAAGAAAAUGCAAGAACUGGAAUCCACAGUGAGAAAAACAAGGCUGUUAUACAUUCAGCGGCAAGAUGAAUAUGAAAAGGCAAAAUCAUCUACUGCUCGUGCUGGAGAAGAGCAUCUAAUCUCCAAUGGGGGCAUUGUUAAAGAUGCUAGCAAAUUAGAGAAAAAACGGAAGCUGGAAGAAGAGGCUCUCCAAAAAGCUGAAGAAGCCAAUGAACAUUUCAAAGCCAGUGUGGCAGAAAUUGAAGAAAAGCGAAGUGAUCUAGAAAAUCUCAAAAGUGAUAUCUUAACACAGCUGCGGGAACUUGUGUAUCAGUGUGACUUAACACUUAAAGCUGCAACAGUUAAUCUGUUCCAGAUGCAACAUGCCCAAGUUGUAUCUGUUCCAGUUAACUGUCAGUCUCUCUGUGAGAGUGCCAAGCUGUACGACCCAGGACAGAAGUACUCUGAGUUUGUGAAAAAUUUGCCAAAAGAUGAUGUCGCCAUUGAAUCCAGUUCCUUUGAAACUCAGAGCUCCCAAGUUGGAGGGAUUUUCAGUAAACGAUUAAACCAUGCACAUGCGUCCCAAGGAAACUUAUCCCAGUGUUCAGGAGACUUUCCCAUUCGUGCAGUAGAAGACAUUGGAAGCCCAUCCUAUCAUCGCUCCCAAAAGAUUGGGGAAAAAAGAUCUUCUAGCAGUACUGAUAUCUCUGUUACAAGGGGACCGCCACCAUUUAGGUCCUGGUCUGUUGGUAACCAAAGUGGAGGAAUGUGCAGUGACUCUGAAAGUGCAGGAGGGAGCAGUGAGUCACGAUCUGUGGACUCUCCAUCUGCAAGUCCAGGAGACUUUAAAAGGAGACUUCCUCGAACACCAUCUACUGGUACCAUGUCAUCUGCUGAUGAUCUUGAUGAGAGAGAGCCACCCUCUCCUUCAGACUGUGGUCUAAAUGAUCUCGUGACCGAAAUUGCCAGUUCACCUGGACCAUUUAGAAACACUCUUCUGUCUAAGGCAGCUCAGACACACAAGCUGAGGAAGCUGAGGGCUCCAUCUAAAUGUAGAGAAUGUGACAGUCUGGUGGUAUUCCAUGGUGCAGAAUGUGAGGAGUGUUUUCUUGCCUGUCAUAAGAAAUGCUUGGAGACUUUAGCUAUUCAAUGUGGACACAAAAAACUUCAUGGAAGACUUCAUCUUUUUGGAGUAGAGUUUACUCAAGCUGCCAAAAAUACUCCUGAUGGUAUUCCCUUCAUCAUCAAAAAGUGUACCUCUGAAAUUGAAAGCAGAGCAUUGAAUGUAAAGGGUAUAUAUCGUGUGAAUGGAGCCAAAUCAAGGGUUGAAAAGCUCUGUCAAGCAUUUGAAAAUGGAAAGGACUUAGUAGAGUUGUCAGAACUCUAUGCGCAUGAUAUAAGUAAUGUCCUUAAGUUGUAUCUUCGUCAGCUCCCAGAACCUUUGAUUUUGUUUCGGCUUUAUAAUGAAUUCAUUGGACUUGCAAAAGAGAGUCAAAAUAUUAAUGAGGAAUUUGAUGUGAAACAGAUAAGUUCCAGAUCAAAAAAAGGGCAAUCAGUGUGUAUCGAAUUGAAUAGGAUCAUUCUUAAAAUCAAAGAUCUCCUCAAACUUCUACCUGCACCAAACUAUAACACGCUGCAGUUUCUUAUAGGCCACCUGCAUAGGGUUACAGAACAGUCUGAUGAAAAUAAAAUGUCUGCGAGCAACCUUGGCAUUAUAUUUGGCCCAACUCUUAUCAGGCCACGUCAGACAGAUGCUACAGUCUCUCUUUCUUCACUUGUGGACUAUCCAUAUCAAGCUCGGGUAGUGGAGCUUCUUAUAUCCAAUUAUGAGAAGAUCUUUGAUAUUAUGCUGCAGCCAUUAUCAGAUUCAGCUCGGUCUGAUGAAAAUGCUACUUAUGCUAAAAGUAUUCUUUUGCCAGAAGAUCAAGAACAGCAGCAAAGGAAAAUUGCAUCCUGUAUUGCUCUGAAGGAAAACAUCCAAAAUGAGAGUAAAGAUUCAGAAAUUGCUGUAUUACUUGAUGAACCAGAUACUGCUACAGACAUGCUGAAGAUUUCUAAUGAAUUAACAGACAACACUGAGAUUCCGGUUUCCAAUCAAGACAAUGAACCAUCCCUCCCAGCAGCUGAGGAUGGUGUUAAAACCAGUUCCUUAUUCAGACCUAAUCGUCAAAUAACCAAAGUUCAGUUACGUUCUCAGAGGACAAAGCCCGUUGUUCGCCCUGUCAGUUUACCUCUAGGUCAAAUGCUUCUCCCCUGUGUUUUGAAUGAGAAAAAUUCCCGAAAUGCAGGGCUAAGUACAGAAAAGCUUGGCAAAAGCCCUGUUAUUGAAGAGGUUUCUGAGACACCGUUGCUUCCAGCUGUUAAUGUCGGCUGUAGGCUUUCUUGUUAUGAUUCUCAGACUCUGAAGAAGACUUGGGACAAGCAGUAUAAACAAUAUGAUAUGACUGCAAGGACAGCAAUGAUUGUGACGAGUCUACCCCAGGAAAAUCGAACACAAGAGCCAGUGAACACAUGUGCCUUAGCUUCAUCAAGUAGCAUUGUUAACAGUUCCGUGAAUGCCAUACUGCCCAAUAAGCCAUAUACAAUACCUGUCAGAGCUGCAAGGACAACUGCAGGAGGACAUACCCCAGACUCUAAUCCCCUUGCUGCUUUCAGAACACCAAGAACAUUACAGCCACCACCAGGGACAUUCUAUAAACCACCAGCCAACAAUAAGCCCAAACAGAACGACGAGAGUCCUUCUCCUAAACUCUGUACAGCAGUUGUGAAAGAUGAGACUCCAAAGCUAUCAGUGAACCCCGGGCUUGCUCAGAGUUCCGUGGAUUCCUCUAGCCACCAUGUAAAGCAACAAAAAAUCACUUCAGAAGCUGUUUCCCCUACAGACUUGAAACCCACUUAUCAGAGAUUAAGGCCAAAGCGGAUGCAAGAAUUGGAACAUAGGGAAGCUCACUUCGUUUAGGGCAACAAAACCUAUUUGGAACUGUUAAACAGUUUUGUGGUCUUGUCCAGGGGAACUUCAUUCCUAGAAGAUUUCACCUUUGUGCCAUAUUGGAAUUGUUUUAUAUAUAUGUGUGUGUGUGUGUACAGAAUUUUAAAAAUAUGGGUUGUAAAAAAAGCUGUGAAAAAAUAAUGAAGUGAGUUUUUUAAUUCAUUAGAUUUUUCUCAAAAUAUAUUUAAAUGCAUUCCCAGCAUAAAAGCAGCUAAAAAAGAUGCAGCUGAGAAGCCCAGUAGUCACAUUCCUUGUGUGUGGAGUUUCCCUCCUGUUUUUGGAAGCCAAUUAAUUAUUCUUGAGCAUAGCAAUGAAAGGAACCAUUUCUUCAGUAUAAAUGUGUUGAUUAGACUGCAGGGUAAGAAAUAGAGCUACUUAAUUUAAGAAAUGAACCAAAGCUUGAAACAUUGCUCUAAAAUGUCCAUAUUCAUUUUUGUUCCUAGUCAGUGCAAUUUAAUAUUUUUGCUCCUGAAUAGAUUACAUAUAGGCCAAUAUGGCCUUUGUGUAUCAUAUAUCAUAUAUGUGUGUAUUAUACAACUACAUGUUAAUCUGUUGAUGUUCUGUGUUGUCACUUGAGCAUUGCUUGUACAGAAUAUGUAUAAUUGAGCAUUACAUGUCCAGUUGUCAGGUGGGUUAAAUGCACAAAAAUCUAGCUAGUUCAGGUGUCCUUCAGGAAGGAAGGCAAUUGGAAGCAAUACUGCCAUCCCUACUUAUUAAAAGGCUAGCAUUCCCUCCUCUCACUACGAAUAGCUUCUUCUAGUGCUAACGGAGAUGAGAUUAAGAUUGUAGGUCCAAGGUUUGAUGAAAUAGGUUACAGUAUUCAAAAAACAGAACAGUUAGUAACAGCAUCAAGUGGUUUUCCAUUUUGUAAUGUUUUAUAAGUACUGUUUGCUUUAAAUAUACAUUAAUGUGUUAACAUUUCACUGAGUUUAUGUAUUCUAUGAUGCCCAUCUUACUGAAUAUAGAACUUUUGUGAGUUGAUAUAAUAUUCUAUGAAUGAAUAUAUUUGUGUUUACUUAAAAUUAUUCUGUACAAAAAAGGUUUGUUUUGGUUUGCACAUUGCACAUGCAAAAGUAUUAACAUGAUGAAAAUUUUUUAAAGAAUAGAAAAUACUGGAAAGCUUUUUAAAAUUGCUUUUAGAGAUUGUUAAUUCAAAAUCAAGAGUGGGAUGUCAGUACAAUAGCAAGUGGGGUUAUAAAGCCAACCACCUCUUCCCAUAGGAAUGCUGAAACUUUUGCUGCAUAAAAUUUCUCCUGUAUUCUGAUGUUUGCAGAAAAUCUGUAUAUAUUUGCUGAAGCCAUAGCAGACAAAUGGAGGUCCAUUUUUUAAUCUUUUGAGUGGACUUAAUGCACUGAAACUAUGUUGUAGAUGCAACCCCUGAACAAGGAAUCUUAAUUAGGGCACCAUUAAAGAACUUAGCUGGGAGAGGCUGAAGUUCUCUCUUACAAACUGAUAAAAUGAGGCCUCCUAUGUCAGGAAGGAACUGUUAAGAUAAUAUCUUAAGUAUAUUUAUUGACAUAGUUGUGUGAUAUAGCAGCUCAUGGUGUCAUUGUUGUAUCUUGUGUAAAAUAAGUGAGGUAUUGUAUUCCAUUCUGCUGCAACUGAUAAGAUAUAUUUUCACUGAUUACAUGACUUUACAGUUAUUACACCAGCACACACAACACAAAUACACCCUAGAAGGUUAUGCACAUGGCUUUGGGCAUGGUCUCCACAUGCAGCACUAUGAGAUAUAGAAUAAGCUUUUGUGUUUCAAACAGGAUGUAAAAUGUUCCUCCAAGCAACCAUCUCAUUAUGCUGGGGAGUUAGGACAACUUUUCAUGCUGAGUGUUCCAUUUGCAGUAAAUUAGUCAUCUAGGAAAACAUUUAUAAACAUAAUCUGUCCUUCAGUUUGAAAUGGCACAAGCUAUUCUACCAUCUCAGCACUCUACCAUUUCAUUCCACUGCCAAUAUAGAUCAGGGGAUAGUUUUAAUAUCACUUCAAAGUUGACAUGAAGAUCCAACUAGAUCUGGCUGCUAGGUAGCAUCUGUGGGUUUGCACAGAAAGCCGAGUCCAAAACAGAAUUUAUAUGAGAACUAAUCCAACUCUUCAUUGUACCACAAAUGUGUUAGUGUCUACUUUCUGUUCAUUAUAUAAAAUUUUUGAACACUGAUGGUAAUCAAAAUUGAGUGUCCUAUACCUAAUAAAUCAAACUUUGCUAAUA